AUGUUCCCGAACUACAGAAUCAAGAUAAGAAGGAAAAAAGACCCCCACUCCCGCACCACCCACCUCCCCGAUCCAAUCGCAACACUCGCCCCAGCAGCGAUACCGCGACCACCCCGCCCCCGGCCGACACCUCCGCCGCUGCCCCACCCCUGGCCAGCACCGCCGCAGCCGCCCCACCCUCGUCCGGCACCUCCGUCGCCGCCCGCUCCCGUCCGACACCGCCGUGGCCGCCCCGCCCCCGGCCGUACCCCUGCUCCCAGCGGAUCCGGUGGAGACGGCGCCACACCACCUCCCGGAGCACCUCGAGGGUCACCAGAUCCCGCCCCCGCCGCCAUCUGUCCUCACUGCAGCCGCCGUGGCCCCGGCCACCAACCGCGUCGCCACCGCGUCCUCCCUCCUGCUUCAACCGCAACAGUGGCCUCCCUUUCCUCUGCUUCCACGACGGCGGCGGCUCUUUGUCCCCGACCGACGCGACGGCUACCCCCAUCCAACCAACCUGGUGCACUCGCCGGUCCCUCACCAGCCUCCGCGACCAACCAUCCACCGAUCAAUGGGGCGCCUCUAGGCAUCUGCGCCGCCUUCUGGAGCAAUGCCCUUCUCUGCAAGCUGCAGUCACUGGUCUUGCCCUGCUCGAGGAGGAGGAGUAGGAGGGCCGCACCUAGGCACCAUGUGCAACUCGUAAACAAAGACAGCGAGGGAGUGGCAGCAACAUUUCAGAUGUAACUUCAGAUAAAAAAGGCACUCGGCUGCAACUCCUUGUUCUACGCUCUCUAAUGUCAAAGUGAGAACAGAAUCACAUGUUCCACUCUUGCUUUUAGCUUUUUUUGUUAGUCUUAAAGAAAAUGAUCUUAACAAAGAAUCUCUGUGUGCGUGCGUGUGUGCUCGUGUGCGUGCGUGUGUGCUCGUGUUUGUGUGUGCGCUGGGUGUGCUGCUUGCGUGCUGAGAUGUAUGAUGUGCAGAGUUUUUUAAGUUCAUGUUGUGAACCAAACUAAACUAAGUUUGAACACAAAAGUUCAGAUCA